AUGCCCAAGAGGGUCUGGGCCGCGCCCCCGUGGCCCGCGCACUGCCCUCUCCCGUCCGACGAUGACGACACCGCGCGCGUCGUCGCCGCCGCGGGGGGCGCCAGGGGCGUCACGCACGCGCUCGUCUCCCUGGGCGACGAGCGCGUCAUCGAGGCGACGUUGACGAGGCUCCACGCCGAACGCGCGGCGCGCACGGCGAGGCUGACGAAGGCGCUCGACGCGGGGGUCGCCGCGAGCGACGUCGCGCUUCGAGCGGAGUGGGACGCGCUCAUCGCGCGCGUCACCGCGCCGCCCGACGGCGCCGAUACCCCCGCGCCCGUCGCCGUCCCCCGCGAUCUCCACGCCACGACGACGACGACGACGACGACGAAGCCGACGCCGCGUUCCGCUUCCAUCGCCGCCGUCGACGACGCCACCCCGCGGCAUCGUCGCGCGCGUCGAUCCCAAACCCUCACUCCCGCGACGAACACGCACGGCGCCGGCGGCGACGAGGUCGUCGCGGCCACCCCGGACGCCGAACUCGCCGCCGCGCCGUCGUCAUUUUCCGCGGGUGCCAACAAAAAUCGCGCGACGCGGUCGAGAUCCCGCUCGUCCCCCGCGCCCAUCCUCGCCGACACGCCGACGAUACCGGACGCCGACGCCGCCGACGACGCCGCCGACGAUGCCGCCGCCGCCGACGACGACGCGCUCGAUCACCCGGGGUCCUACAAACCCCUCGCGUCGUCGCAACUGGCGGGCCGAUACUCCAUCUCGGCCACUGCCGAGUACAGAGCGGCGGCGGCGUUGGCGUUUGCGAAGACGCCGACGGCGACGCUUCGAUCGUCGCUCGAGACGACGGACGACGGCGUCGUCCUCGACGGCACCCUCGACGGCACCCUCGACGGCACCCUCCGCGACGGCGCCUCCUUCCCGCUGGACACUGCCCUCCCCCGACGCGUUCCCGAGGAUGGCGACACGCUGAUGGUGGAGGAGACGCCGAGGUCGGAGAUGGACAGACGCGCGGGAGGAGGAAGCGGGAGCGGGAACGGGGCUAGCGAAAACACCAACGCGAAAGGGAACGCGAACGGCGACGGGAGCGGAAACGGGAGCGGCAGCGGAAACGGCGGCGGGAGUGGGAACGGGUUUGGAGCGAUCGGCCGCCGCCGCGGCGUCGCCGGGCACAGGCUCAGGUUCAGCGUCGGCGGGUCGCUCGUCGCCGACGCGGGUGCCGAGGCGGGUGCCGAGGCGGGUGCCGACGAGGAUACACCGCCGGAUCCGGUCGCCGAGAGGAUCUUCUCCGCGACGCACGCGUCCGGCUCCGUCGUCCUCGGCGUGAUGGCUCCGCCGCCCGUCGCGCCGGGCGCCGACCGCGUCUUCGCCGUCGUGACCGAGUCGAGCGAGGGGUCCGAGGACGUCACCGUGAUGGUCUGGCGGGUACGAUGUCACAGCGACGGGGACGUGCGCGACGGCGGCGGCGGCGGCUGGAAUCGAUCCCGGGACGUGAACUCUCAUCGCGGUUUUGGGACCACCACGUGCGAACUCGCGGGGUCGGCGAGGCUUCGCAAGCGGGACUGGACCGGCGCGGGGGGUAAGGAGAACGCGUCCCCGCGGAGGGUUAACAUCGCGUCGCUGAUGCCGCCAGUCCCGGGGACCGUUACGGACCGUUACGGCGCGUCGAGGUCAGCCCGGGACAGCCUCGACCCGGCGACGCGCGGCAAGAGACAGAGCGGCGCGCAGCUGUGCGGCGCCGUCGCGCUCUCCCCGUGCGGCGAAUUUCUCGCAAUCGCCGAGUCGCAGUUUAUCGUUCGAGCCGACGGGGACGACGACGCGACUGGGACGAACCGGGGCGGACGCGGCGCGUGCGUGGUUCGCGUCGAGUCGCGACGGGACGAGCGAGGCACAAACAGCGCGUGGAUCGACGAUCGCGACGUGGUGCUCGCGUUGGACUGCCCGCUACGGGUCACGCGUUUGGCGAUGCGUUGGGACCCAGCCGGCGACGGCACAGCUGGCGACGCGGCUGGCGACGCGGCUGGCGACGGUUCAACCGAACGGUCCGCGCGCGUCGUCGUCGUCGCCGGCGCCCCGCUGGGUAAGAUGCACGCGUGGAGGUUUGACGCGUCCGACCUCGACCCGAAGAAGAGUCGGUCGAAGAAGACGCCGGGGGAGCGAAUGCCGGAUCUGCGGUACCUGGACCAAACCCCGAUGUCCGACCCGCUCGACGUCCUGGCGUUCGCGUCGACGGGCGACGACGUCGUCGCCGUGACCCACGACGGGCUCGUCGUCGGAAACUACCGCAGGACGCCGCGAAACGGUUGGGAGACGCGCGGGGUGCACUACACGCAGCGGCACCGCGUUCGAGCGAUGGCGCCGCUGCACCCCGCCGCGGUCGCGGUUACGUCCGCGGUUACGUCCGCCUCGUCCGCGCAAUCCUUCGUCCCGUUCCUCGCGCUCGUGGAGAGGAAAGCCGAGCCGCGCGACGGCGUCCUGCGCCUCCACGCGGGCGCCGUGGGCGUCGGCGUGGACGUAUGCGCGGCGAUGCCGUUGGACGGCGUCUGCGCUCUCGCCGCGGGUCCAACCACGGGCGCGUUCGCCGCGGUGGGAACGAACACAGGGGACGUGCUCGCGUUCGACGUGCUCACGGGGGUGACGAUCGCGAGGCUGGGGGACCUGCGCGGGGAGGACGGGGGCGUGGUGGGGGUGGCGACAGCGCCGUGGGAGGCGGCGGGGGACGUUUGCGCUGGGAACGUUUGCGCCGGGAACGGAAGGUCGUCGGCGGCGCUGCUCGUAGCCGCCUCCAAAACGCGCAUGGCGGCGUACGUGGUGCACGCGUCGUGA